CUGUUGAUAACGUUUUAUUCGUGAUAAUACAGGGAGCACUUGUUAGUUGUAAUACUUAUAAGGCGUAUUUCUCGUACUAAUUAUACUCUCACAUUUUAUCUAUGCUAUAACGCCUGUAACUCAUUGAAUCACGCGCUAUAAUUAAUUUCAAUAUACUCAUACUCAAAUCUGUUUCAAAUUCAGUCAAUUACCCCUUACUUUAGAACCUACAUCACACCUGAGUCAUGGCCGAGUUAACCGUGGUAUAAUUUUUACAUUUUUCUAUGUGCCAUUCAUUAUAAACAAUCAUCGUCUGUUGUUCACUCCAAAAGCAAAGAUCUCAUCUCCAAAAUAUCGAAACUAUGGCCGUGUUUAAGCCUGGUUCGUCCACCGAACCAACGUCUGAAAUCGAACUGACAUUGUCCUGCAGAAAUUUAUUGGACUGUGAUGUGUUUUCAAAAUCUGAUCCAAUGUGUGUUGUGUAUAUGAAAACACCAGAAACUACCAAAUGGAUGGAAAUUUGUCGUACUGAAUGUAUUAAUAAUUCUCUAAAUCCUAAUUUUGUUACUAAAGUUCAUGUGUUAUAUCGUUUUGAAGUUCAGCAGUUGAUAAAAUUUGAAGUAUAUGAUAUAGAUUCAAACCUGCAUGAUCUGAAAUCUCAAGAUUUUUUAGGAUCAUGUGAAACUACUUUAGGACAUAUUGUGUCUUCAGUAACACUUACUCUACCUCUUAAAGGAGCAAAAUCAAAUAAUAAAGGUCAAGUGAUUGUAAAGGCAGAAGAACUCCCAGCAUGUCAUGAUGAAGUUUCCUUACAUUUCAAUGGAAAAGAUUUAGUGCGAAGUGAUUGGAUAUCAAAAUUUUUUUCUUGGUUUGCAAAAGCUUACUCAUUUUUAGAAUUAUAUAAAGUUGGUGAAGAUGGACAGUAUCAAUUAGUGUAUAGAACUGAAGUUGAUAAUUGGACAAACAAUCCUACUUGGAAACCAAUCAUUUUACCUGUUCGUUCUUUGUGUGGUACUGAUUUUGAUAGAGAUAUUAAAGUAUCAUGUUAUCAUUUCAGAAACAAUGGAAAUCAUUCGUUAAUAGGAGAAUUCCAUGUUACAAUGAAUCAAUUAAAAAAAGGCCCGGGACCAGAAAAUGAUCAUAAAUGUGUCAAACCCAAGUCAUCAAAAAUUUAUGGAAGCAUACGUCUGAAUCAUUUUGAAUUAAAAAAAACAUUCACAUUCCUUGAUUACAUAAUGAAUGGUACACAGAUAAAUUGUACAUUUGCUAUAGACUUUACAGCAUCUAAUGGAGAUCCAAAAGAUUAUAAUUCAUUACAUUACCUUAGUAAUAGACCUAAUCAAUAUGAACAAGCAUUAUUAGCUGUGGGAGAUAUUAUUCAAGACUAUGAUAGUGAUAAAGUGUUUCCAGCUUUGGGUUUUGGUGCCCGCAUUCCUCCACAUGGUGAAGUGUCUCAUGAGUUUUUCUUGAAUUUACAAGCUAGUGAUCCAUACUGUGCUGGAAUUGAAGGUGUUAUCAAUGCAUACCAUCAUUGCAUUAGAAGCGUUCAGUUAUUUGGUCCUACAAACUUUAGUCCUGUAAUCAAUCAUGUUGCAAAAUUUGCCCAAGCAUAUCAAGAUGGAACACAGUAUUUUAUUCUGCUAAUCAUUACUGAUGGUGUUAUAACUGAUAUGUUCCACACUAAACAGGCCAUAAUCAAAGCAUCCACACUGCCGCUGUCCAUUAUCAUUGUAGGAGUGGGAAAUGCUGAUUUUCAAUCGAUGGAAGAAUUGGAUGGUGACACAGUUAAACUAGAAGUCAAUGGAGUCUAUGCGGCCAGAGAUAUUGUGCAAUUUGUGCCGUUUAAAAAUUUUCAGCAAAUUGAAAAUCCAAUGAAUGCCAAAUCAUACCUUGCCCAGGAAGUUUUAGCUGAAAUACCAGCACAACUUGUUGGAUACAUGAAAAGUCGUAAUAUUAUUCCUGAAAAUUUAAAUUAAUAAUUCUUAAAACAUACUAAAAAAAUGUACAAAUGUACAAUCUAAUCAUAUUUUUCAAUUUUUGCAAUGAAUAAUUGAUAAUUUAUUGUGCAAUAAUACUAAUUUUUAUGUGCUUUUGUUGAACUCUUGAGACUGCCUAUACAUUUAUUGUAAUUAUCAUCAUUAUUGUAUUCUUCACACGAAAAUCA